GUCAUCUUCAUCUUAUCAAUAUAAUUACUAUAUUGGUUGUCUGUUUAUUAUCGUUGUUGCCGUCCUCUGGGUCUUUAGCUAUGAGAUUACGGAUAUCAUGUUUACGAGCGGGUACAAGAAGCCAUUCUUGCUCACUUAUAUCACUUCUGCCGCUUUUACGCCAUAUUUGAUACCACACUUGUUCGGAUAUAGAGAAAUAGACAGUAAAAAGCUAUCAUUUAAUCAGACUUUUAUUAUGUCUGCGAAAUUUACUUUCUGGUGGUUGUUAGCAAACUUCGCCGUCAACGCCAGCUUAGAAUAUACAAGCGUUGCUAGUUCGACAAUUCUUAGCUCUACCUCCGGACUCUGGACAUUCCUGAUAGCCUGCUUAUUGCGGAUAGAAAGGUUCUCAUUCACUAAAUUACUGGCCGUAUUUGCGAGUAUCUUUGGUUCUAUACUGGUAGCUGUGUCUGAUGCAAGUUCUGUUAAAGCUUCGUCAAACCUAUCAAUCAUUGGCGAUCUACUGGCUUUGCUUUCCGCACUCAGUUUCAGUAUAUACAUCCUCCUACUCAAAGCUUCUGUAGGAGACGAGUCACAUAUUGACUUCCCACUAUUUUUGGGAUUCAUUGGAGCCAUAAACACAGUUUUUUGCUGGCCAUUAUUGGUUUUACUGCACUGGACUGGCAUUGAAACAUUUGAAAUACCGAACAGGUCAUCUGUUGUCCUAAUUCUCCUAUUGAACAUGUUUGUAACAUUCUCGUCGGACUACUUAUAUCUUCAAGCGAUGUUGAAGACUACUCCACUUGUCGCGACAGUAGGAAUUAGUCUCACAUUACCAUUUUCCAUUCUUGGAGAUUACAUUCUCAACCAGCUCACAUUGACAAUCAAAGGAAUGCUAGGUUCUAUGUUCGUGCUCGCUUCAUUCAUAGCAUUGGGGUAUGAAGAGGAUGACGAGAAUGCAAACAAAGAAAUCGACGAAAGGGUAGCGGAAUCAGCCGGUCUAAUCGACGAAACCACUAACAGCGAUAUAACAGCUGUUUAGCCAGUCACCUAUUUGUUAAGUUGUUGUAUUUUUAGUAACAAUGUGAAGACAUUCCUUAUCUAAAAAAUGAGAUCAUAGCAUUCUUUCCUCAUAUUUCUUCAUACUCAUACCACCAAGACCCAAGAAUAGAUCGUGGACGAAAAACGGAAUGUGCUCAACAAUAUAAAGUCUCCAGUUGCUGGCUUCUCUUACUCCAUCAACAACUAAUCAACUCUUCUUCUCUUCACUUAGCCAUGCGUUUCUCAAUUGCAACAGUAGCAGCAGUCGCAACCAUCUUCGUUGGCACACAAGCAGCACCACAACAUGGUCACGCUGGCUUAGAACACGGCCACCACUUUGGUCACGACGAGCAUGGUCCAAGAGGAUUAGAGGGUGACUUUGAUCACAAGCAUUUACAAGGACAUGGUCACGGACAUCACGAUAAACGCAAAGACACAGGAAAAUUUGCAAAGAUGUUAGGUUUACCAGCUGAAGAUGGUCUCAAUGCUGGUGGCAGAGGUGGAUCAGGAAGAGGUGGCUCAGGUAGAGGUGGUCGUGGUUCAUACCACAAGCGUGGAGAUUUCCACCACGAACACCACGAUCAAUUCCACGGACAUGAAUAUAAGAGAUUUGAAGGUGGUCAUCACGAACAUGGCCACGGUCACCACGGACACGGACAUGAUGUAAGAUCUGGUGAUGGCAGCGGCUUCCGCAAGCGUCAAGAUGGCGGAGAAGAUAAGAAACAUGAAGUAGUCGGAAACAAGAAGGAAGACGAGGAUCGCCAACACGAAGUAAGAGGCUUCGAACAUGGCCACGGUCACCACGAACAUGGUCACGGUCCAAGAGGUUUCGAAGGAGGACAUCAUGGCCACCAUGAACAUGGCCACGGUCCAAGAGGCUUAGAGCAUGGCCACGGCCACGGCCACCACGAACAUGGUCAUGGUCCAAGAGGCUUCGAGGGUGAGCACCAUGGUCACCACGAACACGGUCACCACCACAAAAGACAAGAGGUUGGCUUCGAAGGCCACGGUCACGGUCACCACGAUCACCAUGGCCACCACAAGCGUCAAGAAGAUGAGGAAAAGAAACACGCAGUUGUUGGUAAGAAGAAGGAAGACGAGGAUCGCCAACACGAAGUAAGAGGCUUCGAACAUGGACACGGCCACCACGAGCAUGGCCACGGCCCAAGGGGUUUUGAAGGAGGACACCAUGGCCAUCACGAGCAUGAACACCACCACAAGAGACAAGAAGGUGGCUUUGAAGGACAUGGUCACGGUCAUGGACAUGGUCAUGGACACCCACACAAGCGCGACAAGAUGUCUCAACACGAAUUCGAACGUCGCAUCCCACACGACAAACACGGCCAUCACUCAGGUGCUAUGGGUGUCAUCACUUCUCCACUAGUAUUGGUCGGCUCUGCACUCGUCGCUCUCUUCAAUUUCAACUAAAUGUUUGCAUGGAAUCUUAACUGAAAUUGUGGAACGGCUCUAAUAUACUUAUUUAUUCUUUUCUCUAAUGUUGAACUCUUUGUACAUAUCUCUUUCAAAUGAACAUUUUAA